AGUUUUGAGAUCACGGUGGUUCAAGUCCUAGACCAAGUUUUGAGAUCACGGUGGUUCAAGCCCCUGACCGAGUUUUGAAGUGGUUCAAGCCCUAAACCCAGUUCGGAGGUUCCGGUGGUUCAAGCCCAAAACCGAGUCUGGAAGUUCCAGUGGUUUAAGCCCCAGACCAAGUUUGGAGGUCUCAGGGGUUCAUGACCCUAGCCGAGUUUGGAGGUCCCAGUGGUUCAUGCCCCUAGCCGAGUUUGGAGGUCCCAGUGGUUCAAGCCCUUCGACCAAGUCUGGAGGUUCCAGUGGUUCAAGCCCCAGACCAAGUUUGGAGGUCACAGGGGUUCAAGCCCAAAUUCCAGUCUGGAGAUUCCAGUGGUUCAAGUCCUAGACCAAGGUUUGAGACCACAGUGGUUCAAGCCCCUGACCGAGUUUUGAAGUGGUUCAAGCCCUAAACCCAGUUUGGAGGUCCCGGUGGUUCAAGCCCCUAACCGAGUCUGGAAGUCCCAGUGGUUCAAGCCCCUAACCGAGUUUGGAGGUCCCAGUGGUUCAAGCCCUUCGACCAAGUUUGGAGGUCCCAGGGGUUCAAACCCCAGACCAAGUUUGGAGGUCCCAGGGGUUCAAACCCCAGACCAAGUUUGGAGGUCCAAGGGUCGAGUCAAAGCCUGGUUGUUGCAUUUUUCAUCUCCUAACUGGUGGUCACAGGGAUUCAAGCCCCUGACGGAGUCCUGAGGUUCCAGUGGUUCAAGCCUCAGACCAAGUUUUAAGAUCCCAGUGGUUCAAGCCCUAAAUUGAGUUUGGAGGUCCCAGGGGUUCAAACCCUGACCGAGUCGGAGUUUACAGUGGUUCAAGCCCAAGACCGAGUUUGGAGGUCCCAGGGGUUCAAACCACUGACCGAGUCUGGAGGUUCCAGCCGUUCAAGCCCCAGACCAAGUUUGGAGGUCCAAGGGUCAAGUCAAAGCCUGGUUGUUGCAUUUUUCAUCUCCUAUUACAGUAUAAUUAACUGAAAUUUAGCUAGCACAAAGUGUAGUAGAGGCUUGAAAUGUACAGUGAAUUUAGUAACACGACAAUAUGUCGUGGUGAUAACAAGAGAGAUGGGCACAGUUUGAUACACACCGUGAUAACUAAAGGUUAGUGUACCCAGAGUAACUGAUCUGUAGGACGUUGUAUAAGCAUAAGUGACCCGUACUUUGACAUGGCGAGAUAUCCACAAGUUUAAUGUACUAUAGAGUACUACUAAAAACGUUCAACUUGUCAUCAACGAACACACUUUGAUUACAGCUUCAGUGAGGAUAUAUGAUUACAGCUUCAGUGAGGAUAUACCAUACUUUGAUUACAGCGUCAUACGUGUGAGGAUAUAUCAAUUUUAGCUUGAUAUUCAUGGUGUGUGCUUUAUAAUUAUACCCUGGUAUCAUCUGAGAUGGUAAAGGAUUCCUACAUUGUUGGUUACAAUAUAAAACAGAUCCAGGAAGACAAUGGUGAACCUGACAAAGACAAACCGAGCAGAUCUCCUGACAGUCCCAGCCUGUACAUAAUGUCGUCCGAUAAACAAUGUAUCCUUGACGACACCGACCAGGAACUGCAGCAUGCUAGUACCAUGUCGUCAGGAUCUAGCACAAGUUGUGUCAGGGUAGACAUAGGGGAUAUGGAUGGUGAGGAGAGCAUGAACCUGACCACCACCUCACUCAAACUGUGUAAGAGACAAGUGUUAAGGCCAUACUGGAGGCUUCUCAUGUUUAUUGGUUGGCGGGGAUUUGGGCGUGAGUCUAUAAACUCGGGCCACCGCGGCUGGUUCUAUUUGAACAUUUUUUACCCAGUGUUUAUAGUAAUACUGUUGUUAUAUACCUAUGUCUAUGAGGUGGUAGCCUGUCAGUGGAAACUCAACAUUCACAAGGAUACACAGUUUGUGCCAACAACAACAUUACUUCCUUCAACCACAACAUCCAACACGACGCCACCUUUCAUACAUGAAAUGACAUUUUCGCCCGCGGAGAGCGUCAUCCCCGUUGAGAAUCUCACAAGCCAUCACGCCCAUACCCACCCUCCAGAGGCGUGCGAGCACAUUAUAACCACAUACGUCAUCCCCAACAUACUCCACUUCGUCGCCUAUAUCAUGGGCAUGUAUCACUUCCGCAUACAGGAAAACGAACAAUUGUAUGCACUCAUGGAAAAAGUAUUUUUACAAGCUACACCUUUAUAUAACAGAUCAAUAUCCCAACAGAAGAUGAUCAGAAAACUUAGACUGUUUCUGGCAGUAGGAGGUAUCUGGGUAGGGAUAACCCUCGGCAUGCAAGGAUUGUAUGAGUGGGCUUUUGAUUUUCCUGCUCUGGCAUUUUUCCGUAAAACAGGGAAUGUUGUACAUUGGAUCCUGUUCUUUGUGGAGUUACUCGGAAUCAUGGUACUGAAUUCCGUAUCCCUGGCCGUCAUUGCUAAUUAUGUUACGCAGUGCGAGAUGACCUUGUUCUAUAUACGUGGACUGGCACUCCGACUCCAGGAGAAAUCAACGGAGAUAAAGGCAGCCAUGAAGGAUUUAUUUGUAGUGAAACAGAAUCUGAGUCUACUCAAUGGACCGAUCGCUAGAAUGACAUCCCUGAUAGCUUUGAUAUUUGCAGAGUUGAUUAUUAUAGGCAUCAGUAUUUUAGUUCUAAACAAAAACGACUCUCCAAAGGUGUGGUGCUACAGAUGUAUCUUCCCAUGUGUGUGGGCCUGUAUGAUCAUCUGUCCUCUUUACCAGGCGGCCAAGGUGAACUCUGUGUGUAAUGGUAUAAAAAAGAUCGCAGUAGAGAUGAGAGUUUUUGGGUACAAGGGAUCAUCUCAACUAGAGCUUGACUCAUUCCUAGGAUUUGUAGGCCAAGUACGAUUAAAGGCCAAGAUAUUCAGCAUUCCGAUCAUGCCGUCGUAUCUUAUCUCAAUAAUGGUACUGACAGCGUUCAUCCUCCUCAUCCUCUUCCAGACCAGCAUCAUAGGCCCCAUUAAUUACUGGUUCUAGGUCAGGAGACCAGGGCUGGGUCACAUUCAUCCUCAUCCUCUUGAAGACCAGCAUCAUUGCCCCCAUGAAUUACUGGUUCUAGGCCGGGUAACCACGGCUGGGUCGUAUUCAUUCUCUUCCAGACUAGCAUCAUUGCCCCCAUUAAUAACUGGUCCUAGGUCAGGAGACCAGGGCUGGCCUGUAUUCAUCAUUAAGGAGAUUUAUAGAGCUCUACUUUGAGAUUUGCCUGAUCCUUGUGCCAAUGCUUCACUCUGUAAGUGGAUAUGGACACCAUUAUCUGUAUUGAACAAACUUUAUUUUGAAUCCUGUAUUAAAUGAGAUGAUGCUGUUGGCAAAUGUCAUAAAAUGCUGAAAAUACGGAAAGCAAUUUUUUUUAAACAAUACACCAGUCUUAGUUCAACAAGGGAAUGUCGAACCACAGGAUUAUAUUUAUUAUAUAGACUGGUUUUCAGUGUGUCACAAGUACCAGUUGUCCAUGUGAUAGAGACACAUUUCCUGAUAGGAUUCUUCUUCAACAAUCUGAUCUACUUAUUUUGAUAAUACAUGUCAUGUUUAUUUGUUUGUGGUACAUAUUUCUUUUGUCUCUUCAAUAGAUGGAUUCUGCUGUGAUAAGUGUAUAUAUAUAUCAAACGUACAUUCACACUGUCGGAUGUUUAAGUGGGAAUUUGACUGGCAUGUUCACAACUUGACAUUAUCUUUAUCAUAGAGAAUGAAUUCAUUUGUUGUAUUCUUUAUAUGAGUAGUAUCUGGUAGAUCUCACCAACUCACUAGCUUGAGUUAGGACUUGAUACCAACAUCUUUUAUGUGCCAUAGUGUUGGUGAUUUUCUAUUUUCCACAGAAUGUGGAAAUUAUUAGUUUUCUUAAUGAAAUUUAGUCUUUAGGCAGUAUACUACCAUAUGUUCUGGCGAAUACAUUGCCUUCAUAGAGGUUACUCGGAUGGGUGAUAUGAUUGAUAAAUGGUAUGUUUACUUCAACGGAUAUUUAAUAUGAGAGCAUUAGAUAAAGUUUACACUGAAUAUAUACAACUCAAAAUUUAAUUUCAUAAAAUAAAACUUGACCAUAGUAUGUAACAUGUACAUGGAUUUCAAUAAAACUGAAAUCUGUAGUUGAUAUUCAAUCUAUAAGGAACAGAAUACAUAGAUUGCUUAAUACUGGAAUUUGAAAAUACAACAAUUUUUGGGGGGUUUGUGAGUCUUAACUUUAAUAUAUAUACAGGUCAAUGAAAACAUUAUUUUCACAGACAGGUUAAAUUAUCUCGGCCUUUGAUCCUUGUACAAUUAACAAGUGAGAUAAUUUAUGUCUUAAUCAGAUGAAUCUACAGUUGCAUAGGUCUCAUGAUAAAAUAAAUGUGUAUGAGUUAUGAAAACUUAACAUGAUAUUAUAUAUCAAACAUGUAUGGUAAUUAUUUUUGGUGCCUUGUUUUGAAUACUAUAAUUGUACCAGUAUAACUUAACAUUUUAUCCAACAAUUAUCCCAUGUUUGGUAAUAAGCUCUCCUGUAUUACUGUUGCAGUUCAGUAAAAAAUGUCAAUCUUUGUCUGGCCCCUAAUUUAAGGAUGUUAUGGGCUACCAACUUGGGCUUUUUGCAUGACAAAAUACACUAAACUAUUUAUAUAGGGCAGUCCACAGUGCUAUGUUAGGACAAUUGUACUCAUUAAUAUAAUUAUAUUUAUACUUCUAUAAAUGGCUGUUAUUUGAAAUAUAUUUCACAAUGUUUUUCUUUUGAAAUGAUUUAGAGAAAUAAAAUAUUUUGUACCAGUGUAUAGAAUUCAUGUUUUUAUAAAUUCUAUUUUCGAAUACAUAUUGAUAAUAUAAAUGAUAUGUAUUAUUGCAUUGCAUGUAAAUGAGGUGUAGUUACAGUAUUUUACAGUUUGACCCCAAAAACACAAAACUUCUCAACAUUUAGGAAAAUUCUCAUCCUUUAAAAUCUUAUCUUUGUUUAAGAGAUAUUAUUUCCCUUGACAAAUGAAAGUUGAUUGAAAAACAAGUAAAAUAUUUAUGGUAGAUUUAUUAUAUACAAUACAGUAUCUUUUCAGAAGAAAUUAAGGUAAUUUCCUAAAUGCUAAGAAGUUAUGGAGUGUAAUACUUGGAACAGGUGCGUUUAUUUAUAUAAUACACUAUGUUGUAUUUGACCUAAUAAGCUCACCUGUCCCUAUUUAAUUGCAAAAUCCUACAUCUUUUUAGGCCCUAGAGAAAUAUAAAAAGAAACUUGUCCCUAUACAAUGUAGAUGGUUUUGUUAAGCAUACACUUCCUGUGUUUUUGACAAUGCACAUUCCACUUAUUAUUUGAAAUAUGGUACUGAUUGUUUUAAUUACUGAGAAAAGGAGGAGUAUACAU